AUGGCGAGUGGGUCUGAAGAUGAAAGAGCUGACACUGCGUCCCUUCACCUUGGUUUUGGACUGACCCAAUUUGGAGAUUUGGUCAAGCAGCACAAGAAUGGACGUCCGUUUCGCUUCGUUCCCUUCUGGCUUGUUUGGUGGGUUUCCUGUCAAAGCAUAUUUUCGGGAGUGGCUGGUGAGCAUUCGGGCGCGAACAUGCAGGGGACAGGACAUGCAGGAUUUGGUAAUGAGACCCUCCCAGGCACUGCGCAAUUGUUGCAGACCCAGGGAAUGAAUUUUCCCUCGUACUGUUUCCUUUUGGAGGACCAUUUUCAUGUCGACUCCAAUGGUGUACUCAUUGCAACGCUGCGCUUUGGUCCUGGAGGCAAUGCUGGUCCCAGCGAUGUGAAAUGCAUUGCCUCCAGGAAGGUGACAGAGAUCGUGGGAAGCCUCUCAGUUACAGGUGCUUUGUCGCUCACGAGCAUUUUGCUGCCGAAACUUGAGAGAGUUCGGGGUUCCCUCGUUUUUAUGCAGCUUCCCAAGCUUGUGACAGAGACUUUCCGUUUGGAUGGGUUGAAAAGUGUGAAUGAGAACUUGGUGGUGCGGCACAAUGAAGCAUUAUCCACUGUGACGUUUACACAUUUGCGAAAGGUUGACAGGACCCUUGAGGUCGGGAGCAACCGGGUGUUGGAAAGAGUCUCCUUCAACAGCCUUACCUUUGUCGGUUUGCACCUACUGAUCGACAGCAACCCUGUUUUGGAGCUGAUCGGAGCCGCCUCCCUGGAAGAGAUCAGAUGGGACCUCAUCAUUAGUAGCAGUGGCCUGCAGGAAAUUGACUUUCCUUCCCUGAAAAAGAUUGGGGAAGACCUGGUCGUCUACGUCAUGGAUGACCUGAGAUCUAUUCGACUCCCAGUGCUUUCCUUCGUAGGUGAAGAUACAGAGUUUUUUCACUUGGUGCGACUUCAGAGUCUGACCCUUCCUGCUCUGGAAGUGAUUGGAGAAGAUUUUGAGGUUCACCAUUGCUACUCCCUUGGCUCAGUUUCAAUGCCUUCUCUUCAAAAGGUGAAGGAAGAUGUAGAGAUUCACAAUUUGCCUGUUUGUUCCGCCAUUUCCAUGCCGAAGUUGUCAGACAUCGAGGAGGACCUGGAAAUGUACAACCUUGAUGCUUUGAAGUCAUUAUCGCUGCCCUCAUUGCACACUGUUUGGGAAGAUCUGAUCCUAGGAGGGAUGGCUGUCGCUUCCGACCUAUCCAUGCAGCAACUGACCAAAGUGGUGGGGAGCUUUUGGCUCUACAACAUGCCCAACCUUUUCAGAGUGGAUCUUCCUAAGCUUGCCCAUGUCGGGGGCAAAACAAGAUCCCAUCCACCACCUCAGAACAGCUGCCACUAUGGACUCGGAGAUUGUGAUGUUGAGGACGAGGAGAAUGCAUUCUAUAUCACUAACAACACCCGGUUGGAGCAUGUACGAAUGGAGAGUCUGGUUUCAAUCAGGUCUCCCUACUUCGCCAUCUUCGGAAAUGCCGCCCUUCUUUCAGUAGAAUUGCCUCUUCUCUCAAGGUUCCAG